AGGUACGUAAUCAACAAAACACCCACAAAUGCGUAGAUAUUAAUGAGUGCCAACGGUCUGCGAAGACGAGGCCGGCAAACGUACACCCGCUACCAGACGCUGGAGCUGGAGAAGGAAUUCCACACCAACCACUACCUAACGCGCCGGCGCCGGAUCGAGAUGGCCCACGCGCUCUGCCUGACCGAGCGGCAGAUCAAGAUCUGGUUCCAGAACCGCCGGAUGAAGCUGAAGAAGGAAAUCCAGGCCAUCAAGGAGCUGAACGAGCAGGAGAAGCAGGCCCAGGCCCGGAAAGCCCAGGAAGCGGUGGCCGUGGCCGGGUUGCAUGACCCAAACUAGGGGUUAGACCAUACCAAUCACAGUAGUUCUAGUAAUUAUUUAUACUAACUUUAGUUAGGUUGUUUAUUAUUAUUAUUAUUUCUUUUUGUUUCGGUUCUCCAGUGGUAGGAAAUACAACAACAAAAAAAACCGGUAUAAAAAAAGAAAAUCUCUACAGAGGCGUGUGCGCAGUUCUAAUGUUUUCGGUUAGAGAGCGCUCGUUUUAUUUUUAGAAGAUAAACUGACACAAACAAACAGACAGACAGAAAAACACGAAACAAGUUGUUUUAGUUUAUUUUUUAAUUUUUAUAAUUUUAAACUGGCGCGUUAUGUUUCAAACCUAAUUUUAGUACUGGUUAGUUGCUAUGUUUCGUUUUUAAGUAAAUUAAAUUUGUAUAAAGAAAUGUUGCUAAAGAGAUUAAUUUAAUUACUCAAUACAACCCCGCCCCUUCCCAUUCCUUCGUUUGGGAUUUAGACGAAAGCUCACCAUCUCAUGAAGAGCUGAGCUAAUCCCCUAUUGGGAGGAAGCAAACGGAAACAGCAAACUACUAAAACGCUAGUGAAAGGUACAUCGGAAGACCCCUCGGAAGUUUUUCUCUCCUGACGAAACGAAAACUGUCUCUGGCUGCCAGGCCCUACCGAUGCUGGCGGAUGCGAGCAGACUCACUGUAUAAAGAAACUAUUCGUUAUAAGCGUAUAAAUAUUAUAUAGAGAAUAUGAGGAGCGCAGGAUCUCCUUGACAUAAAAAAAACAGACACCGAGAUCGGAAGAAACUCAAAAAGAAUAUUGUACAAAUGGGAUUUGAAUAAAAACAAGUAAAAACUACACUAAAAGGAGCAAGCCGAUCCAAAAUGAAACCAUUAUUGGAAAGACAAAUGUUUGCAGCUAUUUUCAUGGGAAUCUCAGAACAACGCUCAGCAAAACUCUCAGUUUUAAGUUCUAGAUGGAUGGAAAUAAAAGUUUGUAGAAAUUUAUCGAAAAAUUAGAACAAAUAGUUCUUUUGUGAUGUGCAAACAUGCAAUAUACGUAGAUACACAAAAAAAAACAAGAACGCAAAUCGUUGGGACAAUUUAGGCGGUCGAUUGACGAGGGUUUAGCUGGAAAUUAUUUCAAAACACACAUUAGAAUAUUUUUUUAAAUAGUUGAAACUCUUCGAUUCUUAUUUUUCUUUUAACUUCAAAAUUUGAUGUCUUAUUUAACUUUUUUAUGUUUAGAUUCAACUUUCAGCGAUAUAUUUUUUUUCUUGUUAACUUUAAACAACUCACGUCUAUCGCAUUAGCCAACAGUUGUCGCAAACAACUUUCGUUGUAACGUUGAAUGCAAGCUCCCAAACUAGCUCCCUUCCAAAUGAAAACAAAAACAAAAGUGGAUGCUGUAGUGAUGUAUUGUUCAUGUGUACUUAUUUAUUUGCCCGCCAGCAGAAACGUCACUGUAAAUAGCCAAAUAAAGUAAAAAAAUACGUAAACCAAGGAGUAGGAACGACGUUUUCCAAAUGUUUUCCAUAAGAGUUAAAGGCAACAACAAAAAAUUGUCAAAAUUUUGAUUCUAGUGCAAUAAUUUGAACAACUCUAUUUCGACUAGUUGCUGAUUAGUGCGAACAAUUGGCGAACCAAAGGCUAAACUUCGGUUCAAUUUCGUAAAUCACUCGAAGGAAGAGACCGAAGAAAUUAACAUUUCAACGUUCGACGCAAACCAAAAGAAUUGACCCACAAAUCUAGCCAAGAGUGAAUGUGUGAUAGUGAGACCGUAGUUUUCAUCCUUCACUAUCUUUCUCUUUUUCUUGUUUGUUAGAACCACCAACUAAAAACCGAGCAAAUAUCAGGAGAAAUAAAUCAGCAUCCUCCACUCUUAACUGACAGCAACUGAUGUCAAACGCAAGCAACAGAACACUACUAAACACUAUUGUCUGUCAAUGUCUCAUAACUGUCAACUUCUUAUUGUUUUGAUUUCUCCGAACAAACUAUCUGCUCUAGGAGCGACACCUAUGAGAGAGUAGACAAAACAAAAUCAACAAACAAACGAUAUCUAAGAGAAGCCAAAAUAUUUGUAUAGUAAGGUAGGAUUUUCUUUCCCAACUUCAUCUCUCUAAAGGACAAAGACAUACCGAAAGGAAUAAGAAGAAAAACUUACACCCACACAGAAAAACAAAAGCUAAACUCCUAACCACAUAGUCUACUUUGAUCCAUCCUUUUCCCAAAUCUAUCGCUACUUUUUGAGCUCUUGAGCGCGUCAUUCGAAAAUGGAGAUAGUAAACAAAAAAAAAUACAAACAGCCAGCAUGCAAAAACAUUUCACAGAAAUGGAACCCAGUGAACAAAAACAAAAAAAAAAAUCAAUGGAAAAUCGCAACUAAGUACUACUGUGUAUAGUAAACAAUACAACAAAAAGAUAACGAAAUACGUAAAACAAGUGGUCUAGACAAAAUGUGAAAACCAACAGUAAUUUAAACAACUAACACUAAACACACCAACACAAAAACACACACACUCAUACAUAAAGAUACAAAACAAGAAAAGUGGAAACAAGAAGAAACAAUGUAUACGUAACUAGUUGGUAAGAGUAAAGUAUAUUUAAUAUAUAUUGAUUAAAACAAAUUGCAAAUAAAAGAGGAAAAAACUAAGAAAACGGUACGGCUAUAGCAGUGGUGUGGUGGAAUGAAAAAAAAACACACACACACACAACUACCCUUUGGAUACAGCCAAAGGAAUUAAAACGACACAACGGCAUACGUAAAACAAAGUUACAAAAAAAGCAAAAAGUGAAAAUAAAGCGAAAAGAAUACAGUAAGUAAAUAAGAAUUUUUAUAGUGAAUAAGUAACUUAAUUGGAAUGAGAUAUUCCAUCCCAGAUCAGCAGGACACACAGCAAAACAGAACAUGAACAGAUAAAAAACAUAAACAAAAACACACACACACACCGAUAGACAAGAGGCAGAACAGAAAUUCAAUAGAGAUAGAAACCUUGAAGUGAACACAUGAAAAAACAUGUAGCAGAAACCAGAUAAAACACAAUAGUCCAUUGAUUAAAUGUUGUUAUCGACGAAAAAAUCGAAGGCUUGAAAGUGCUGUCAAUAUUUGACAUAAGAAAAAGCUGAACAAAAAGGCGCCAAACCUUAGAAAAGAUUAAACAAAUCGACAGCCAGUUCCUAGAAAGAAAAAAAUGAAAACAACUUAUAUCCGAUGAAUGAACAUUCAUUCGACGGUGAGGAGAAAGUUAUUAGGUCAACAGAAUAACAACAAUGGAAGGUUGCAAACAUCCAGAGACAUGUAAUAAUGAAAACCACACACACCCACACAUACAUUCAAAACAAAAAAAAAACAACCCUCACUUGUUCACAGACAAACAAACAAACAAACAUACAAACAACCCCCCUUUCAAUGGAGACAAAAAUAAAUGAAUUAUGAAAAAUUGAAA